AUUAAAAACACCCAUCUUUUAAGUCUUUUAUAUUAUGAAAGUUUACAUUUUGAAGAAUUUUUAAAAAUUUCAUUUUACAAUGGUAUUGGUUCAUUUUUUCAUGAUAUUUUUCAUUUGGUUCGAUCUCGAACUGAACACUUUGAUUAAAAAUGACUGUGAUGCGCUGUCACUCCGACCUAUGGAAUCCGAUGAAGAUCCCUUUACUACGUACAACAUAUCUGAAAAUUGGAAACUGCUGGAAAAUGUGGAAGGAAGAGCUCCAUGUCCAAAAUGUAAUAAAUCCAGAAAAUUUUUCUGUUACUCAUGUUACAUUCCAAUGCCAGAAAUUAAAGAUUAUGUUCCUCAAAUUAAGUUGCCUAUUAAAAUUGAUAUAGUGAAGCAUCGUCAAGAAAUAGAAGGCAAAAGUACUUCGGCUCAUGCAGCUAUAAUUGCCCCUAAUCACGUAUCUGUCUUCACUUUUCCUACGAAUGUUCCCACUUAUCCUAACGAUGGAAAAACUGUUCUGAUAUACCCAGGCAAAAAUUCCACUUCGAUAAAAACGUAUUUAGAAACCCAUCCUGUUUUAGUGAGGAGAAAAAACGAAAGUGAUACCGAUAAUGUACCUGGUAGAAUUACAAUUGGUGAUAAUGUAGUGGAGUUACCUUUUGAUAAACUUCUAUUUGUUGACGGAACAUGGCGUCAAAGCAGAGCUAUGUUUAGUUGUUUCAAAGAUUUACCUUGCGUAGUGUUACAAACACGUCCUUCUCAUUUUUGGCGUCAUCAAAAAAACAGUCCCAGAUGGUAUUUAGCUACCAUUGAAGCAUUGCAUCAGUCGCUUCAUGAAAUACAUCAGUUUAGUGCCGAUUUAGUAGAUUUACCAAUAUCGGAAUGUCAGAAUAGGGAAUACGAUAAUUUAUUAUUCUUUUUUCGAUUUAUGCAUAAUGUUAUUCAUACGUUAUACGAUCAUGAUGAAUUAUUAUCUUACAGACGACCAAUGAAUUUGUGAUACCUAUUUUCAAUACAUUUUUAUUGUUUUUUUA